AUGGCCUCGCAUAACGUGGUUUUUUUAAUCGACGUGGAAAGUCGGGGAAUAGUUAACGACACGAGUGGAUCCAGCUAUUUCAAUAACCAUCAUGUAAAACAGUGUGUUCUGAGGAUUUUGCUGAAUUUUGCCUUUAAAUAUGGUUUAGAGAAAGUGCGAUGGGGCUAUAGGUUUAUCCACACGAGGACUGUGAAGAGUUCUACCCUUAUAACCAGAGGAACAGACUUCAAAGAGCUCACAGACAAAGCUUUCCAGGAUUUUGAGGAGGAAUUAAUAAACAAGUUUAAUCUACGACGGAAGUCGUCUUCACUGUCCAAACAACAAUCCAGUCCAGCUGGUAUCCUGCAGAAUGCCUUGAAAGAAAUUGUUCUGGACUUUCAGUGGGACAGACCCGAUAUUACAUCUCCCACAAAACCGACAGUGCGACUCAAAAGGUCGAGUGGAAGUGGCAAACAUGUUUCUGCCGCAGAAGACGAUCACUCGGGUCUCGGUGAAAAUAUUCUGUUUCUUCUCUCUGAGUGUCCCCGUUCCAUGACGGAAUUGCGGGAGUUUUUGUCUCUGACCAGCGGUGGCAGUGGCCGUCAGAAAGACCUGCCCGAACUUGUCCUGCCAAAAGGGCUCGUUGAUAUGCUGUUUCUGCGGAAAAUUGUUCUUCAUUGGAUCAAUGCCACAUUAUAUUCGGAGGUCACAGGAGUCAGUGAUACUGAGGGGGCUGAGGUUAUAGCCGAGAGAUUGAGACAGGUUGGUGGUAGAGUGACUCCCAUGUGCUCCUUCUCCUUGCCCCUGACGUGUCACGAAGAUCACUCUGGACUAAACACUGUCAAAGCUGAGGGAAGAGGAAGCUGUCUUGCUGACUCCAUCAUUGAUUAUAUUCUGUCACCGGAGGAAACGUAUCGCAAAUCCUUUCCUGUCUUUGAAGGAGUUCUGUGCUUUGGAACAGGUGAGGAUGCCCAGAGCUGCCCAGUGUCAUUAGAGCCUGUUUCCUGUGGGCAGAGGUGUCUCCUCUCCCCCGUGACUGUGACACUCAGAGGAGUACUGCAGAGCCUGGACACACUCUCCCUCAUACAGGUGGCCUCUGGCUGCUGGCUGCUGCAGUGCCAAAAUACUGGUCAGAGUUAUGCCUUGGUCCACAGCCUCCUCAAAGAGCUCUCCACUCAAGCAUGCUACAUGAUGACAGACAUCAGAGCUGGGGAUCUGGUGUGUUCCGCCUUGCUGUCUCCCUUGUCCUCCUCAGUAGCCUUGCUCACUCUACUUCAGCCAGUCGUUACCCAGGAAGACCAGGCCCUGACAGCCGACCUUAUUCUCCCAGAGACCGUAGAAAACUCCUCUGAUUUACCUGAUGUUGUGAGCAGUGUGCUUGGUGUCAUGUUUAACAUCAUGGACAAUGAAAAGGACGACCACUCAGAACCAGCAGAGAGCUCUGUAGUUCCUGACUGGGCUGGACAGGAGCUGAAACAGCAGUCUGCUUCAGUGUGGUCUGGACUGGCUCAGACCUGGUUUCCUCACUCUGACGCCUCAGGGGUCAGCUGUCACCUGAUGGAGUCAAUGAGGCUUCUCCAUGCUGCUCCAGAGAGGGGGGAGGAGAUGGGAGAGGGCAGUUCUGACACCCACCCAGAGCUGAUUAGCCAGCUCUCAGAGCUUUACCAGAGCUGUGCAUCUGAGCCCAGCACCAGCGUCAGGAACAAGAAACGUGGCACACAGCGCACACCGGUGAGGCAGAAGAUGAAGAGUAUGAGUCGCUCACUACAGAUGCUUAACGUGGCGCGGCUGAACGCCAUGGCUCAGAAGACUCAGGCUGAUCCAGGCUCGUCAGGGCUUGCCAGGGGAUCUGAACAGCCAGGCAAGAGACGCUCGGGAGAUCGGACUAAAGCAGGCUCUAGUAUCUCACGGUUUAAAAAUGAGGAGGAUCUGUUUUCUCAUCUGAAAGGGAGCUAUCAGAGUGCUGUAGCAGACAGAGACUCCUCUCUCCUCACUCAGGUCCAUGGCCUCCUGUCUGCUGUCAAAACCUAUCUGAAGUCCUCACAGGAUCAGGAGUUGCUGCCCAUUAUGGAGAGGAACCUCUUGAAAACCAGUAAAUGUGUGAGGCUGUCAUACGGAAACACUCCAGAUGUUGGAAACAAAAUCAGAGAAUGCAAGCUGCAGUCUCUUCUCAGACUUGAACUGUGCAGACACAUGUCUUCUGAUGGCCAAGUGAACGCAGACCACGUGGAAGAGUUUGUGGAAGAGGUUGCUGAUAUGCUGCGGAUAAUCUCCUUAACUAAAGACCCUGUGUAUCUGACUGCGUUCAUGCAGGAAGAGAUUCUACCUGCGUACCUGAAUAGCAUCCCUAAAGCCCUUGCGGAAGUGUACCACAGCCUGGGAACACAGCUGCCUGAGGCCCUGGUCACUGCCCUGCCCUCAGACUUCUUCAGUGAUGACUCUGUGCUGAAGGACGGCGUGUCGCCAAAUCCCUCAGUGCCCUCUGUUAAAAAUAGCCAGAGCUCAGAGGUCGGGGAGCACCUGGAGGAGCUCAGGAAUCGCUCUGCCCGGAAAAGGAGGAACGGGAUGAUCACCAGACACAAAAGUAUGACUGAAGCAUCUCAGGCCCUCCGUCAAAUAGAGGUGCCCAGAAAGUCCACCAGACUGACCAAACCCAAAGUGUGUGUACCUGCUGAAAAGACAGACUUGGAUCAGAUGCCACCACAAAAGCAGACUGCUCAAGAGGUAACAAAAGUUCGGAGAAACCUCUUCAACCAAGAGAUGCUUUCGCCAUCAAAGAAGACAAAACUUCCUCGAAGUCAGUCUGUUUCGGUUUUGGAGGGCAAUAAGAAACGGAAACGGUCACAUGUGGAUGAUGGUAAACGUCACACUCUUCUAACAAAGAAAGUGUCUGAGACGCCCCUUCACAAGCAGGUGUCCAGUCGUUUGCUGCAUAGGCAGAUGACAGGCAGGAGGUCUGAUGCAACUAAUGUGUGUGUUGUUGAAGAAUCUCCAGUGAAGCCUGCUGACCUGAGGAGGAGUCCGCGAAUAAAGAAUUUGACCAGGAGACAUUCCAGUUUCUUCUACUCAAGUUCACAGCCCCGAUCCCGAAAUCUGAACAGAGUCCUGUCUUCCUCCCAGCUCACCCACAGUGAGAGCAAAAAAGGUUCGUAUGGUGUGAACGUUAACGUUGUUCGGUCGCCAGUGAGACUGCUUUUUGGAGCCACCCAGUCACCUGGUUGUCAUUCAGUGUCUUCUCAGGGUACCAGAACCAGAAGGAGAUCACCUCUAGGGUUCAGACAUUCAGAUGUCUUUGAGAGUCCCAGAAAAACUUCAGAGAAGUCGUCACAUGGUCAGUAUCAAUCUGCAGCUGGAAGCAGGACCCCUAAGACGCCUUGUUCAUCGGCCAGGGCCCAAGCCUCUCCUUUAUCCAAGAGUCCAGGGGUUGUUAUUGGAGACAGCGGAAUGACGCUUAGGGGAAGCCCAUUUCGGUCUCCAGCCUGGAAGAGCUUAGUGCUGGAGACGCCCCAUAAAGCAAGUCCACUCAAAAGCAUUCUCAAGACUCCUGUAAAAAACUCCCCGAACGGCAGCUGUGGACUUCAGAGUCCCAACACCAGGACAGCCAGAAAGAGCGUGACCUGGUCCCCGUCUCCACGGAAACCGAGAUCAGAAAGGUCAGGUAUACCUUUCAAGGUACCAGAAUCUCCACAGGCCUUGACUCGAUCUUCACCAAGGCUCUUAACUCCAAAGAAGGCUGACUCUGCAUUUAAGUACCCCACAGAUAUGGCAGAUGUUUUCAAAACCCUUGAAAAGGUUCCUCAUAGAGAAAAGAAUAUUUCCCCUGAAAUCAUCCAGCAUAAGACUCCUGAAUCCCCUGGGCUUUAUGGGACUCAAACAGAAACUCAGACCUUUCCCUUCCAAAAUGCUAAUGUGGCAGAAUCUCCAGAUUAUCUGUCUCCUCCAGCACCAGACAUCAGAACACCCUCCAAAAGCCACAGACAAAUGUCUUCAAUGCUCAAGUGCUCUGGAAGAACACCAGUCAAAGAUUCAACUGCUGUGUCUCCUUGUAAAACUAGAACACCAUCCACAAAAUGCUCCAGUGAGCUACAAAGACCAGUAAACUUACUGGAGGGUCUCUCUGAGACCAAAUGCCUUAAAUCUGUAGCAGAGGAACCAUAUAGACAGCGUCUUAGAUCACAGUCUUCUGGUAAUCUGGCAACUGAUGAGGUCAGGCUCAUAGAGAGUUUACCCAACCAGGGCAUGAACAUUCUCUCACCAGAGAGACACCUGAAGACAGCAGACAAUCUUACCCCACAGGGUGCCUCUGUUCAGGGAGACGGAGAAGGGUCCACUGACUCCCAGGGUUUUGAAUCUUCUCAGUUCAGCACUACCACCACUGAUGAGGACAGCAUUGACAUCUCCGAGGCUUCCGUGGUGAAGACCCAGUUAACUGGCGGCAUUAAGAUGAAUAUCUCAUUCUCCAGAAAGGCCUCCAAGGUUUUUGAGUUCAUAGGUAAAGGAGAGUCUCCUGUUGAAACCACACCCAGCCGAAGUUAUGGUUUUCGGCAGACUGCCGAUCGCCGACAGAGAGAAGCCGCCGCACGACUUGGGUACUCUCCAGGACCCCCAAAGUUCUCAACUCCCCGAGCUUCAGGAACCCCUGCCCAGAGGAGGAGGCCUGCUGCACCAAACUCCCUGAGUUAUCAGGUGGAAAUGGAGAUGCAGGCCUCAGGGCUGCCCAAGCUUAAAUUCAAACGCACUGACUCUUUCAAUGUGGGCAAUGGGGCAGUCAGGGCGACAACGCCAAACGCUACCAGUGCCAAAGCAUCUCACAUUGACAGCCCGCUAACUCUAUGCGCCAAACACAGAGAUCCUAGCUACCUCUCCCCAUCUCUGUGCACGCGUGGAACCCCUGCCAAAGGCACUCCUGGAAAAGGAGGCACUCAGACUUACAUUUGCCAGUCCUACACUCCCACACAGGUACCCAGCAAUGCUUCUCCUCCUGGGCCAGGCGACACUGCCCCCUGGACACCCUCACCCCAGAGGAGAGGACACUCCACCCCUGAGAGCCUGAACAGCUGGCCACGAAAAAAGAGGGCACGGAUGAGUGUAUUGUGGAGCAAAGACCAAGGCAUGAAAGGAGAGCCUCUUUCAUAUGGGAUGGAAAUAUUGGAGGACCCAGAACUAGAGGGUGUUUUCAGGCUACAGGAAGUGGAAGAGUUAAAAGAAUCUGUGCCUUUAAGGAUGGGGGAGAAACCUUUACUCAGAGCCAGUAGGAACCAUGAAAAGGACCAGCUCGGAUCUCCUGAGAGCAUGAACUGGACAGAGACCCUGGGACAGCACAGUGGUGGAUCAGAACACCAGAGAUUUGUCACUCCACCAAAUUCUAAGGUGAAGAAACCAGUCUCUGCCAGUGGGAUUAUAGCCCUGACUCAGUCACCUCUAUUAUACAGUGGAAAAACCACCACCUCUGAGAGGUGUACCAUUGAUGGGACUGAACCUGAGGUAGACACGUCACCGUUUAGCCAGCCGCAAAAACGCACAGCCCACGGACGGACAUACAGUCGCAAGAGGCUGCUUAGCUGA